CACCCCACUUUCAGAAUCAGUUUUGAGUGGAAGCUCACUCGGACGAGAUUUCAACUUUCACAUCAUCUCAUCCCGACUUGCGUUUUGUUGUCUCACUUUACUCACUUUGAAGUGUGUGUGUGUGUGCCUGAAUCAAUUUAUUGCAUCCUGUUUCAACCACUACUAAGCACUACCUUAAUUACACACAACAUGCCGCGUCGGCAUCAUUUCCACAUCAGUUGUAGGGCCACUACUUCCAUCGUCAUCAUCUUUUGUUCUUUCAUCCUUUCAUGCCAAUUUGCUUCUGCUCAACAACCACGACAAAGUCAACAGAGACAAAAGAGCCAGCCAAGACUGCUUCAAAACCCGGGAUCGUCCUCUUCCUGGGACGUGUACAAUGCAAAUAACGAUUUCCUGUUGCGGGAUCCAAUUAUUGACGACUUUUCAUCGCAAUUGCCGAUAACCAUUGUGAAAUCCACGUCAAUUUCGUCAUCCUCCUCCAAAACAAAUGGGGCAGAAAUUCAGACGAAAAGCAAUCUUCCUUCGCCAACUAGUAAUGGGACACCACUGCGGAAAAACAGUGAUGACGUUAAUCAAAUGCUGGGAACGUUGGAAGAUGAUUUGAUCCAGAUGAUCAAUGAAGAAAACGUAAAACUGGAAAAAUUUAUCAAUCAUAAAAUUCAAAGUUUUGAAGAAAAAUUGAAAGUAUAUGAAAAUUCUACCUUACUUGGAGACAAGCAGUUUGCAGAUUUAUACGUCAGACUUGAAACACUGAGCGAGGUUCAGGAAAACAAUUCCAUGCAAACAUUACGCAGAAGCGAUUCUACAGAAUUUCUCCCACACGGUUUUAAAGACGACGAAGACGACCAAACGCAGCUAGCAAUGGAAUUUGCAAACUGGCUAAACAGCUUUAUACAGGAAUAUGACACGUAUAAAAUAUUUACCCCGAUUGCCAACUCAAUUCAAGCAUUUCGAAAUUCUAAGAAACGAUCCUUUCAACUAGAAAAUCGGAUGCAGAGAAGAUCGUCCGAAUCGGAAUGUGGAGGAAUCGUGUUAGGCGACGCUGGCGAAAUUGCAUUCUCUCCCCCAGAAGAUGACGAGUUUUACCCAUCGAGAUGUAUCUGGACACUUCGUGUCACAUCGCAUCAGCAAAUAGCCUUUAAUCUUAUAGAAGACAACUUCCCCUCGGGCGGACGAGACACUUAUCUCGCCAUACACACUUUGACCUCCAUCCCCAAACUGUAUUUUGGAUUCUUUUCAUUUAAAGAUGCAGGGAACCCGGGCAUAAAAGGGCCUGUUGUUUUACGCCACAAUGACAAAUCCGACACAAUCGUUGACGGUCCAGUAGUUUUCAUCACUUUAGUCUCAUCCAUGGAUAAAAUUGCGCCCAGUUUCAAGCUCAAAUUUGAAUCUAUCGGGCUGAAAAUACCGAUUGAUUCCGUUAGCCCUGUGAAAUAUAACCACUUUCACUACACUGAUCUUGAUGGUGUAAUUGACUACCCAAAAACUUCCUGGUCGUGGCUGUUUGGCACAGGAAAGUGGUACAGAGGACCGGAAAUUGCGACCUUUACCAUUUCACCUCAACAAAAAGAGAAAAUCAACUCCAUUAAUAUUUUCGUGGAUGAUAUUAGCAUUCGUAAAUCACUGUUUUGGGGCGAUUGUGACCAAGACUCGUUAACUUUUUUCAACGCUGCAAACUCUCGUGUGAAGAAAUAUGGAACAAUUUCUGGUAAAGUGGCUGACAAAAAGGGACUUGAUCGAUAUUGCGGAGAUUUUAAGGAAUCCGACCAAAUAACGAGUAAGGAUGGUGAACCGAUUAUUGUCGUGUUUAAGACUGAUCUAAUUGUUGGAGGACAUGGUUUCGAGUUCAGUUGGGAAACCACUUAACCAUAUUAAAUGCAUACAUAUGUUUAUUAUGAGAUUCAUUAUGCCAUGACUGACAAUUAUUCUACAGAUGUGUUUAAAAUCUAGAUACAUACUGAUAAGCUGCAAAUAAAGUGAUUACUUUUGGGCAAU